AUGAAAUCUUGGGAUGAAAGAAAAUCAGUGGUAAAGGCUUUGGUUUCAAGUAUAGAAAUAAAACAAAGAAAGAUGCAGACAAACAAAAUAUCUUCGAUGUUUGAAUAUUGUCUUCGAAAACAGAUGUUCUGCUCAACGCUAGGUAUGGCUUCCAUUACCGAUUGGCUGACAUGUAAUACUGCUAAAGUGGAUGCUGCUGAUUCUGCGAAAGAAAUAACGAAAUAUCCAAAUGAGAAACACUGGAUAACAAAGGAAAUGUCUGAAGAAGCCGUCACUUUCGUAAAAGUUUGGUUACUGAAUGCCCCUUGUGUUGAAACACAUUACUGUCGCAAGGUGCCAGCAUACAAAGAGAAGCGUUUUCUGGAACCAGGCACAAAGGUCAUUAACUUAUUCGAAAGAUAUCAGCAUGAUGCCAACGAGGCUUCCAAGAGAGCUGUUGGUUUUACCUAUUUUAAGAAGAGUUUUGCUGAUUUAAAAAUGUCUAUUUUUAUGCCAAGGAAAGAUGUGAUCCAUGCAUAG